GCGGGGGAGCGAAGGAAAAACUCAAAGGUUAGUUUGGGAUUCCAGAUCCAUGGGUCAAUAUCCAGAAAACAUUUGCAUGCAGAUUUAGUAAUAGUUUUGGUAAAAAUGUACUCAACAGUGCAAAUGCUGUCGGUCCAGACUAUCCUUUAUUCUAGGUUUUGGUGCAUUUUAUGAAUCAAUAAGGAGAAAAUGUACACAACGAUUAUUAUAUAUAAAACAGACGUUUUUGUACUCAUAUCUCUGGGAGAGCUUUGGAGGAUGUAUUUUUUCAGACAGAAGCAUAAGAAGUGAAGUUCGUGACCUUUGCCAAGGUUUGAUGAACAAUGGCCCGCAGGCCAAAUUUGAUCUACUGCCUGUUUUUGUUAAUAAAGCUGAAUAGGAACCCAGCCACGUGCAUUCAUUUACAUAGUCUAUGAAUGCUUUUGUGCCAUGACAGCAGAAUUGAGUAGUUGUGACAGAGACUAUACAAUCUGCAAAGCCUAAAAUACUUACUAUGUGGCCUUUUACAAAAACAAUUCGUCAACCUCUGAGCUAUACAGUUCUACACACUCACUCCAUCCUUAGGAAUAAUGAAUUAAAUAAAAAAUGAACAAAGACUCUAAAAGCUCCUCUGAGUAUCCUGGAAUUAAAUGAUAUAGUUCUCUCAAGUUUCUCCCUGAGGGAUCCCCUUAACAACCACCCUCUUCUUGCUAUUAAAUUGGGGCAGAGGCUGCUGACCAGAGGCGACCUGAGGGAGAGGCUGGACAUGAUGUAGCCAAAGAAAGCAUAAACCUCCCUCACUACAGUAGAAUAAUGCAGGCCCCACAAGAUCAUAAAGAAUCUUCUUAAGUUGGGUGUGAUGGCCCAGCACUCUAGGAGGCUGAGAUAGGAGGAUCACAAGUUAGAGUCCAGCCUGGGCAAUUUAGUGACUCAGCGAGACUGUCUCAAAAUAAAAAGGAUUAGAGUUCAAUCCUCAGUACUGAAAAAAGCCAAAACAAAAACGUAUUUCUUGCCUCUGCCUGUCUGCUUCUCUCUGUAUGUUUAUAUGCACAUAUUCAAUUUUCAGAACCAUCUGAGAUGCUUCUGACAUUGUCACGCCACUCCUAAAUACCUGUAUCUCCUAUGAACAAAAUGCAGUCCACUGACACAGUCAUCAAGAAAUGGCAGAGAAAGAAAGAAUCUGGAUUUCCAAGGAAACCUUUGGGAAACCUCAACCAUCUGGAAGUCAGAAACUCAUUUGGGGCUGGCUGCGGCUUCUAGAACAUCCAGGUGUUCUGCAGAUGCAAGAGUUUAUCCCACAGUCACCAGAUCGAGUCCCAGACAGCUGCAAGGCUUGUGAUGUGGCCUGAACAGCCUUAAAUACAGAGGGGUCACUUGUUGAGUGGCCAGAAAGUGGUCAUUGAUACUAUACUAACCGUGAAAACCAGCUGGUUGUCUUGUUAAGCUUCAGUGGGGAAACAUUUCCCAUAGAAGGACAAACCAAGUUAGAGGUUGCAAGUUUCCUGACUCUCUUGCAUUAGAUUUGCAGAUGGAGGCUUCAUUUCUGUAGUCUCUGCCAUACCUGUAGCCGUCAUCACUGCCAACAGCAUGUUCUUGCAAGCUUCUCUCCAUCUCCCCAGGGACUUUGGGCAUUGAAAGUGAACAGAGAGAGAGAGAGGAGAGAGAGAGAGAGAGAGAGAGAGAGUGGGAAAAGCCUGUAGUGGACCCACCAUUGCUCCAGACAACCGGAAUCUUCCCCUUCCUACCAUGGGCUCGAUUUUUCUGAAGGUUUUGUUGGUGGGAGUGAGUUUCUCUGGACUUCUUUAUCCUCUUGUGAAUUUUUGCAUCAGUGGGAAAACAGCAGGUCAAAGACCAAAUAUUGUGAUCAUCUUGGCCGAUGACAUGGGGUGGGGUGACCUAGGAGCAAACUGGGCAGAAACCAAGGACACUGCCAACCUUGAUAAGAUGGCUUCAGAAGGAAUGAGGUUUGUGGACUUCCACGCGGCCGCAUCCACCUGCUCACCCUCCCGGGCAUCCCUGCUCACCGGCCGGCUGGGCCUUCGGAAUGGAGUCACGCACAACUUCGCGGUCACCUCCCUGGGAGGCCUCCCGCUCAAUGAAAGCACCUUGGCAGAGGUGCUGCAGCAGGCUGGCUAUGUCACCGGCAUGAUAGGCAAAUGGCAUCUCGGGCACCAUGGCUCUUAUCACCCCAACUUCCGUGGUUUUGAUUACUACUUUGGAAUCCCAUACAGCCAUGACAUGGGCUGUACUGACACCCCGGGCUACAACCACCCUCCCUGCCCAGCGUGUCCACCAGGGGGUGGCCCACUGAGGAAACACAAGAGGGACUGUUACAUGGAUGUGGCCCUUCCUCUCUAUGAAAACCUCUGCAUCGUGGAGCAGCCUGUGAACCUGAGCAGCCUUGCAGGGAAGUAUGCUGAGAAGGCAGUGCAGUUCAUACAGCAGGCAAGUGCCAGCAGAAGACCCUUCCUUCUCUAUGUGGCCUUGGCCCAUAUGCACGUGCCCAUAUCUGCGACCCAGCCAUUGCCAAACCCACGAGGCCAAAGGCCAUACCAAGCAGGCCUUCGGGAGAUGGACAAUCUGGUGGGUCAGAUCAAGGACAAAGUUGACAGCACAGCAAAAGAACACACAUUCUUCUGGUUUACAGGAGACAAUGGCCCAUGGGCUCAGAAGUGCGAGCUGGCAGGCAGCGUGGGCCCUUUCACUGGAUUGUGGCAGACCCGUCAAGAGAGAGCUGGGUCAGGAGAAGAUGUGGAAGGAUGGAGGUGGAUGGAGAGUCAUCUGAUGCUUGCAAGGAGGCACAGCUGGGAAGAAUACAAUGUAGCUGAGAGUGGUUUGUUGUGUGAGCUGGUUAUGAUUCCUCCUUUCUCUGCCUGGGACACUGUUGGGCCAGCCUACCAUCUUCAGUGCUCGAUUACAAAGCCCAGAAGACUGUGGAGUCAGAAUCCUCCAGGGCAACAGUCUAGAGGUACCAGGACUAAGGAGAUGGUGACAAAGAUCUGCGGAAGUUCAGCCAAGCAGACCACGUGGGAAGGAGGGCACCGGGUCCCAGCCCUGGCUUACUGGCCCGGCCGAGUCCCAGCCAAUGUCACCAGCACUGCCUUGUUAAGUGUGCUGGACAUCUUCCCUACGGUAGUGGCCCUGGCUGGAGCCAGCUUGCCCCAAGGCCGGCACUUUGAUGGACUGGAUGCCUCCAAUGUGCUCUUGGGCAGGUCACAGAUGGGACAUAGGGUGCUGUUCCACCCCAACAGCGGGGCGGCUGGGGAGUACGGAGCCCUGCAGGCUGUCCGCCUGGAGCAGUACAAGGCCUUCUUCAUCACAGGUGGAGCCGAAGCCUGUGAUGGGAACAUCGGGCCAGAGCAGCGGCAUGAUCUCCCCCUCAUCUUCAACCUGGAAGAGGAUGCUGCGGAAGGCGUGCCGCUCCAGACGGCCAGUGCUGAGUACCAGGCAGUGCUGCCCCAGGUCAGGAAGGUCCUUACAGACAUCCUGCAGGACGUUGCCAAUGACAACAUCUCCCAAGUGGACUACACUCAGGAUCCUGCAGUAACUCCCUGCUGCAAUCCUUACCACAUUGCCUGCCGCUGCCAAACUGUGUAACAGGCCAAUUUUGCCACAAGAAAAAAUGUUUGGAAAUUAGAUGAGUUUUGUUUGAGGGCCAUUACUUUGUAUACUGUUCCUUCUCCAAGCUGGCUUGGGAGAACAGCUGAGCUGGCUCUGGGGCUGUUAGCGUGGUGAGAUGGGCCACUCACAGGCUUUGGAGUUAGGCACAGGCUCAAGCCCCAGGGGUUUUUUUUGGGGGGGGGGGUACCAGGGAUCAAACUCAGGACCUUGCGCUUAUGAGGCAGGCGGCAGAACCCCUGAGCUAAAUCCCCAGCCCCGGGCCCCAGAUUUUGAACUUGGGCAAUUACUUAACUUCACUUGCAAGUUGAUUUUGAAGGUCACCUAAGGUAAUACAUGAAACUGUGUUGCAUGUUACCCUACACAGAGCAGAUAUAUAAUACAUCUUAGUUUCCUUUU